CAGCACAGAGUCCCCAAUGUGGGUUUUUUAACCAACACAGUGUGAGAUCAUGACCUGAGCCCAAAUCAGAUGCUUAAGUGACUGAACUGCCCAGGCACCCCGGAAAUUUGUAUUUUCAAAAGUAAUUGCCACACGACUUUGCAAAGUAAAGGUACUUUUUACAUUCCUCUCAGUUUCUAAUUCCUUAACAUUUUUUGGAUAUUUGGUGUUAUCUUUUUUUAUUUUAGUCAUUCCAGAAAAUAUUGAGUGGCUUCUCAUUGUAAAAUAUGAAAUGGUGUUUCUACAGUUAUCCUGGUGACUCAAAAUGAAACUACUUAAAUGUGUAAAGUUGAACAAAAGUCAAAAUGGAUGCAUUCAAACAUCAGUUGGCUUGAUAUUGAACCUUUUUCCUCUCUUCUGCAAAAUUUCCCUCCUCCUUCUUAGCCUUUUUUCAGGAAGCCAGCACCACCUUGAAAACAUGAUGAACAAGACCAGCAGUGAUGUGGGGAACAAAGGCAAAAGAAAAAUUAAAUUUUCCUACUAGUUCCAGCCCAUUGACAAGUCCAUGAAACAGGCAGAAGGACCUUCCUCUGGGAGCUCAGCCGCCUAGAUGAUGACUCUUUGCCCUGCCUGCAGGUGACUUGGCUACUGGUGAAGAGGUUGCAGUGGUGGCUUUAAAGGCAUUUGCUCCCACUUCAGCUGGGAUUUCUCCACAAAAAUCUUCUGAGAAAAAUCUUGAAGAGGAGAGGAAAGGAGAAAUGGCCAAUUCUCAGGGAUUGCUGACAUUCAGGGAUGUGGCCAUAGAAUUUUCUCAGGAAGAGUUGCGGUGCCUGAACCACAGUCAGUGGGAACUGUACAGGGAUGUGAUGUUCGAGAACUACGGACACCUCCUUUUCUUGGGUCUUGUUGUGUCAAAGCCAGACCUGGUCAUCUUUUUGGAACAAAAGAAGGAUGUCUGGGCUGUGAAGAGAAAGGAGACAGUAGCUACACACCCAGGACAUCAAAGAAUUCAUACUGGAGAGAAAACUUACCAAGAAAAAGAAGGUGGCAAGUCCUUUAUCUGGCCCUCCUCCCUUUCAGGACAUCAAAGAAUUCAUACUGUAGAGACACCGUACAAACUUCAACGAUAUGGUAAGACCUUUCGGCAUCAUUCACAACUUUCUGAACAUCACACGGUUCAUGCUGAGGAGAAACCUUACCAAUGCAAAAAAUGUGGCAAGGCCUUUAACUGGCGCACAGCCCUUAGGAGACAUCACAGAAUCCAUACGGGAGAGAAAACUUACCAAUGUAAAAAAUGUGGCAAGGCCUUUGUGAACUUCUCAAACUUGACACAACAUCGCAGAAUUCAUACUGGAGUGAAACCUUACCAAUGCAAAGAAUCUGGCAAGGCCUAUACGCGACAGUCAAGCCUUACCAAACAUCACAGAAUUCAUACUGGAGUGAAACAUUACCAAUGUAAAGAAUGUGGCAAGGCUUUUGGGUCCUUCUCAAACUUGAAACAACAUCGCAGAAUUCAUACUGGAGUCAAACCUUACAAACGUAAAGAAUGUGCUAAAUCUCUUAUCUGGCACUCAGGCCUCAGGACACAUGACAGAGUUCAUAGUGGAGAGAAACCUUACCAAUGUAAAGAAUGUGGCAAGGCCUUUAGCUGGCUCUCAGCCCUUACAGUACAUCACAGAAGUCACCCCGGAGAGAAACAUUACCAAUGUAAAGAAUGUGGUAAAGCCUUUUACUGGCACUCAGCCAUUAAGUUACAUCAGAGAAUUCACAGUGGAGAGAAACCUUACCAAUGUAAAGAAUGUGGCAAGGCCUUUAGCCAGAAAUCAAACUUUAAAGGACAUAAAAUAAUUCAUACUGGACAGAAACCUUACCAAUGUAAAGAAUGUGGCAAGGCCUUUACCUGGUCAUCAGUCCUUAAGAUACAUCUCAGAAUUCAUAGUGGAGUAAAACCUUACCAAUGUAAUGAAUGUGGCAAGGCCUUUUACUGCCCAUCACAUCUUGAUGUACAUCACAGAGUCCAUACUGGAGAGAAACCUUACCAAUGUAAUGAAUGUGGCAAGACCUUUAACCAGAAAUCAUACCUUAAACAACAUAAAGUAAUUCAUACUGGACAGAAACCUUACCAAUGUAAAGAAUGUGGCAAAACCUUUAACUGGCAAUCAGCCCUUAAGGCACAUCACAGAAUUCAUAGUGGAGAGAAACCUUACCGAUGUAAAGAAUGUGGCAUUGCCUUUAGCUGGCUCUCAGCCCUUACAGAACAUCACAGAAUUCAUACUGGGGUGAACCCUUACCAAUGCAAAGAAUGUGGCAAGGUCUAUACGCGGUAUUCAAACCUUAGCAGACAUCAUAGAAUUCAUACUGGAGUUAAACCUUACCAAUGUAAAGAUUGUGGCAAAGCCUUUAACUGGCAAUCGGCCCUGAAGGCACAUCACAGAAUUCACAGUGGAGAGAAACCUUACCAAUGCAAAGAAUGUGGCAAGGCUUUCAUCCGGCCCUCAGCCCUUACAGUACAUCACAGAAUUCAUACUGGAGUGAAACCUUACCAAUGUAAAGAAUGUGGCAAAGCCUUUAACUGGCAAUCGGCCCUGAAGGCACACCACAGAAUUCACAGUGGAGAGAAACCUUACCAGUGCAAAGAAUGUGGCAAGGCCUUCAUCCGGCCCUCAGCCCUUACAGAACAUCACAGAAUUCAUACUGGAGUGAAACCUUACCAAUGCAAAGAAUGUGGCAAGGCGUAUCCGCGACAGUCAAGCCUUACCAAACAUCACAGAAUUCAUAAUGAAGACUGACUUUACCAAUGUAAUGAAUGUGGAAAGACCUUUUCCCCCGAGGCACAUCUUAAUGUACAUCACAGAAUCCAUCUUGGAGAGAAAGGUUACCAAUGUCAAGACUGUGGGAAGGCCUUCUCCCACCAGGCACAUCUUAAUGAACAUCACAGAAUCCAUACCAGAGAGAAACCUUACCAAUGUAAAGGAUGUGGGAAAACCUUUCUUCACUGUUCAUCCUUGACUUAUUAACAUAGAAUUCAUACUAGAGCAAAUCUUCUAAAUGUUAAGACUGUGACAGAAUUUCUAAGGAUUCCUCAACUCUUAUUCCACAUCAGAUAAUUCAUACUGAAGAGUAAUGAUACCCAAUGAUACCCAUUGGAAAUUGUUAAGAUAGUAAAGCAAUGCUUUACAAGUAAACCCUGAUUCUUCAUCAGAGAACAUAUACUGGAGAUGAUCUUACCAAUACAAAGAAUUAAGCAAGCCUUUUAAUCAGUACUCAAGCCUCAUCCAAUAUCACAGACCUCAUACUGCAGAGAAAACUUACAAAGAAUGUGGUAAAAAACGUUUCAGACUGCUCAAGCCUUACUCAUUGCCAUAGUUCCUGUUGCACAGAGACAUUACAAAUGUAAUGAAUGUGGCAAACCUCUAGCUAGAUCUCACAACUGUCUCAAUAUCACAGUUAUGAUACAAGAGCAAAACUGUAAAAUGUAAAGGGAGUGGCCAUACCUUUAACUGGAAUUCAAUCAUGACUCAGUAUCCCCAAAUGCCUACUUGGGGAUAAUGUAUGAAUAAGGAAAGACCUUUUUAAAUAUACACUUCAGAAAACAAAACCAUACAGAGAGGAAAGUAACCUGAAAGAUAUAGUUAGUCAUCUAAUUACCUGAACAUCAACUGUCAAUAAACAUCACAGAAUUCACAGUAGAAAGAAGUACAUUGGCCACUCUAUUCAGACAUUAUCUCCAUAAAAAUACUUAACCAUAUGGGAUAAAACAAAGUUGAACACUUAGAUAACGAAUAUGCAGGUAUGCCUAAAAAUAGAGAAGGGGCGGUGUUUUGCAUAGGAAUAAGUAAUUUUAAUGUGCUUUUGUUUUACCUUGGCCCGCUUUAAGAU